AUGAAAGAGGACCUGGCAUAUCACGGUGUGGCGGGCCAACGGCCGAGAAUACCGUGGCUCAAGGUGUUGAGGGAAACUGGAGGCUCCGGCACCAAGGACGACCCGUACCUAGUUACAUUCAUGGACAGUGACCCUCGCGAUCCGAUGCAGUUCCCUCCAUGGCUGCGGUGGACGUUAUGCCUUACCGCUGGCUACGUGACGUUCUCUGUCGCCUUCAUUUCCAGCGGGUACACCAGCGGCGUACGAGAUAUCUCUAUAGACCUCGAGGCCAGCCCCGAGUUGGUGACUCUCGGCCUAAGCUUGUUCCUCAUCGGUUUCGCUCUGGGGCCGUUCGUCUGGGGGCCUACUUCGGAAUUAUUCGGACGUCAACCCACCCAUGUUAUCUCGACGGUUUUGCAUGUGGUUCUCAACACUGCCAUCUGCUUCUCUCCAAGUGUAUGGGUUUUGCCCAUGCUCCGCCUGCUGUCUGGCGCGUUCGGCGCUGCGCCCCUGACGAAUUCUGGAGGCAUCAUUGCCGACACUUUCCCCCCUAAAGAGCGUGGUCUCACCAUAACCGUGUAUGCACUUGUGCCGCUCGUCGCUCCGGUACUCGGCCCGCUCAUUGACGAAUAUGUGGCCGGCACUCUCGGUUGGCGUUGGCUAAUGGGGAUUAUAGCUCUUUUGUCUACCUACGCUCUAGCUAUAUCGCUGCCCCUGUUGCCCGAGACGUACACGCCUGUGAUACUUCGGAAGCGGGCUUCGAAUCUCGGUGCAGUUACGGGCAACACGUAUAUAUCGGUUACGGCUAGGAAUGGCGGCAGCGCUGUUAGCUUUAACAAGUCGUUGGCAACAACACUAUCGAGGCCAUUUCACUUGGCGAUUCGUGAGCCUAUCGUUCUCGCUAUGGCUUUGUAUCAAGCAGUCGUGUUUGGGACUCUCUACCUUACGUUUGCAGCGUUUCCGAUACUUUGGGAUAAUGAUAAGUAUGUCGAGCUGGUAGACAAGCUUGGAGCUCAGUCGGCCCCGCCAGAGACUCGUCUGCCUGGCUGCUGCAUUGGUGGCGUAUCCAUUGUCAUCGGGUUGUUCUGGUUUUCCGGGACCGCCAACCCCGACAUACACUGGGUGGUUAAUACUUUAGCGGGCGUCUCAUUCGGCUUCGGCAUCAUCCUCGCCACAAUCAGUUCGACGAACUAUCUGGUGGACUCAUAUGCAAUAUUCGCCACGUCAGCAUUAAUGGUCUUUAUAUGCGCAAGGGCGAUAUGUGGAGCUGGGUUUCCGUUACUUGUAAGGACUCUGUUCGCAAACCUAGGUGUCUUUUGGGGUAUAUCCGUUCCGGCCAUUCUCGCUCUUCUCUGCGCACCUAAACCCUUCGUCUUUUAUUUGUAUGGACCUGCAAUCAAAGCCAGGUGCAAAUACGCUGAUGAGGCAGAGAGGGUCUUACGGCAGGCUAGAAGGGGCAUGGAUGAGGGAACGCGAUUGUUAGACUAA